AUGAUGCAAAUAAAAGAAGGGACUAGAAACUGGGCCCCUGGGCCCGGGCAGUCCCGCAGCCGAGUGGAGCCGGGCUCGCCGCGCCGCCGCGCACUAGCCUUGUGCCCGCCGCAGCCCGAGCCCGGACAGGGCGGGAAGGAGCAGACUGCAGACAUCGCGAGCACCGGCCCUAGCGAGAGGGCAAGUUCGCGGCGGAAUCGGCACCUGGAGGACAUGGAGGAAAGACCCGCAGAGACCAAUGCCAAUGUGGACAACUCCGCACCACCAUCAGUGGCUCAGCUGGCGGGGAGGUUUAGGGAGCAGGCAGCUGCAGCCAAGGAGACACCAGCUAGUAAACCAACAAGAAGGAAACCACCCUGCUCCCUCCCCCUGUUCCCCCCCAAGGCAGAGCUGGGCCAGAAUGGUGAGGAGAAAUCACCACCCAAUGCAAGCCACCCUCCUAAAAUCAAAGUCAAGAGCUCACCUCUGAUUGAGAAGCUUCAGGCCAAUUUAACCUUUGAUCCAGCAGCCCUCCUGCCUGGGGCCUCACCCAAGAGCCCUGGACUCAAGGCCAUGGUGUCACCAUUUCACAGCCCGCCUUCCACUCCCAGUAGCCCUGGAGUGAAGUCUCGACCCAGCGAGCCAGAGGAGGUGCCUGUCAGCUUUGACCAGCCUCCUGAAGGUAGUCAUCUGCCCUGUUACAAUAAGGUGCGGACAAGGGGCUCGAUAAAAAGGCGCCCUCCCUCCAGGCGAUUCCGAAGGUCUCAGUCUGACUGUGGGGACCUUGGAAACUACAGGGCCACGGAGUCAUCUCAGGAGAAUGGAGCCAAGGAAGAGAAUGGGGAUGAGGUGUUCACAUCCAAGAGCAAGGCCCCAGAACCUUCUGCUUCUGGUGAUGGAGCACCUCCUCUGAGGAGGACACCCAGCAGGACAGAGAUGCCUGAGGAGAAGGGCAGGGCUACAGAGGAAGCCAAGCAACAGGCAAAGGCUGUGGGGCAUUCAGCAGAGGAGGAGCACACACCCCAAACUUCCAGCCCAAAGGCAGAGAAUGGGUGUGGGAGCCCCGUAGAGGAAACCAUGGCUGGUAAGGAAGCGGAGGUGGAAAAGUCUACGGAGAUGAAGGAGGAGAGGGCAGGAAAUGAUGAGGAUAAGGCUGGGCAAAAGAGCCAAGAUGCAAACAAGCCAGAGGAGAGAGCUGUGGGGGAGGAGGUCUCCCAAAAUCCCUCUGGAGAAAUGGAGAACAGAAACACCUCAGAGCAGGAGAAAGACAAAGAAAAGGAAGAGGAGAAGACUGGAGUUCUUGAGACAGGAUGCCACCCUGGGACUGGCCCUGCCCAGUUGGAGACCAGCAGUGAGGCCCUGAGUGGGGAAGAAGUCCCCAAGGCACAGGAUGACACCCCUGUCCAGGAUACUCACAUGUGA